CACUUUGGUGGCAAGAACAAGGGCAGUUUAUUAUCUGAAUGGUGUCAGAUUAGGAAAAGGGGAGAUGCAAUGUGACCUGGGUGUCCUUGUGGGGUGGAAGAUUGCAACCUUCACGUGGUCGGCCCUGUUUCGACGAAUGUAAUCAACCCGACGUGCACAAUCACAUAAGAUCAAAUAGAACAAGUUGGCCUACACCUUUAGGCUGUGCACGCCAUAUGAAAGAAGAAGAAGAAGGUGUCCUUGUACAUCAGUCACUGAAAAUUGAAAGGGCUUUGCCUCAUUCCACCCACCCACCGCACUGGAGAAUGAAUCACUUUGAGCUGCUGAGUCUUGCUGCCCGUACCACGAUUAAGGGUUCCCUGAAACAUUACAACGGCACGUAUUUGAAAGAACUGGUAUACUCGCAUCGCAGUUUUGGUACUUCCCUGUGCCUUGGUUACCAGAAAAAAAAGCUGAGUGAGUAUGAUCAGGUAAACCACGAGAGGUACACCUCGCUGGUCCGCUCGGUGGUGUCAACGAAGGUCAGUCCGCAGACCCCCGAGACCCUGCUGGGAGAGGACACGCUGCUGUAUGGACCUGUAGUCAGAUCAAGGCCGGCUGUGGGAGACCCUGUGCCAGAGAGCCUCCCAAACCCGUAUCCCUUCCUGGACGCCGGAGGGCAGUGUCGGUGGCCCGAGCCGGGACCUGCGGCCGGGACACCACUGCGGAUUCCCCUGCGGAGGAACAGUGCCGAGCCCAGGCUGGCCAGCGUGACGCAGGUGCUGCACAUGACCGUCAGCUUGGAGCAGGCCUUCUACCUGGAGCGAUGGAGGCGCAGGAUGACCAAGGAGCUGGGCCCCGAGGGCUUUGCCGCCUACACCAAGAACAUUCUCAAUCGAGGGCAGCUUUUCCAUUCGGCAUUGGAGGAUGCUCUUCUCUCAUCCCGUAUUCCAGAGACUGAUAAUGAGGAUGUGGCGGGCUACUUGCAGAGUGUCAAGAGUGUCCUGGAUGAUGUAACAGGGACCAGAGUGUUGGAGAGUGCAGUGAAGCACCUGCCCUUACAGUACACCGGCCUGCUAGACUGUGUGGCAGAGUAUCGGGGCAAGCUGUGCGUCAUUGACUGGAAAACGUCGGAGAAACCGAAGCCGUACUUUCGAAACACGUUUGACAACCCGCUGCAGGUGGCAGCUUAUGCCGGCGCCCUCAACCACGAUGACAACUACGAUUUCCAGGUUGAGGAGGGGUUGAUCGUAGUGGCGUACAGAGAUGGCCGUCCGGCACACGCACACUUCAUGGAUCCGCCGCUGCUCCUCGUCUGCUGGCAGAGGUGGCUGCUCCGGCUACACACGUACCGGCAGAAGAUGGCUGCUCCCACCUGAGGGGGCUCUGACGACUGGAGGACACCGCUGUGGCUGGGCAUCCCAGACCCCUGUGUGUGAUGCAGCGGGCCGGGCACUGUGAAGGGCUGAUCUUCAUCGCUGUUUGUUAAAGAACUGCAACCGAGACGGGGGAAAGGGCAAGUUUUCUGCUGCUGCAUUAAAUAUGAAUGCAGUA